GUUAUUUUGUAAUUUAAUAAAUGGAUUAAGAAGAUCUUGAGAUAGUAUAAUAUCUAAUAUAAAAUAGGAAAAAGAGGUGAAUGCAAUGUUAAUUUAAAAGUUUUGGAGAUUAAGAAAGCACAAAUAUGCAGCAUAAUAGGUAGUACCUUCAUUAAGAGAGAAAUUUCAUUUUUAUUACUCAAGUAUAAGUACAAAUAUGAAGGCCACUACUUCAACAUAAAGGUACAAUAUGAAUAAUAAUAAUAAUUAGAUUAUUUACAUUUGUUAAAAAUAAGAAAGUAAAAUAUUUUGCCUUUAAUUUGUGUGACAAUCCAAUGUGUUAAUAAUGGGUGAAAUAAUAAAGAUUAAAUUAAGAUCCAUUACCAUUUAUUUUUAUAAAUAAAGUAUAUAUUGGAUCAAUGGAUGAUCUAUAAUUACUGAUUGAUUUUCACCUUUUUGAUUCAAUUUUAAAAUAGGGUAAGAGGAAUAAAAAUAUUUAUAGAUUAUUUGAAAAAAUGUUUAGCAUGUAAUACUCCAAGAGAAUAAUUGGAAGAUGAGAAAUGUAGUAAAUGCAAAACUAAUUAUAUUUUCUUUGAUAAGAAGAAUUAAGGAGUGAAGAUUUGUCCAAAAUGUAGAGAUCGCUAGAAUGAAGAUACAAUAUAAUGUUAGAAAUGUUAGAUAGAUUGCAUUAAAGUUAAUGAAGUGUUUAUCCAUUUAAGGGAAAUACAAUGAUUAUUAAUAAUUUAAGAAGUUGU